AUGCAUGUUGUGCAACUUACUGUCUUUGCUGCUCUAGCACAACUCUCAGCCGCCUCUUAUGAGCUGGUUGAUAGUUAUACACCAUCGAACUUCUUUGACAAGUUUGAUUUUUUCUCGACUCGCGAUCCAAGCAAUGGUUAUGUGAGCUACCAAGACAGGGAUACCUCUUUUCGAGACAAUCUUGUCCGUCAGGGUCAAAAUUCAGUUCGCAUUGGUGUCGAUUCCUGGAGUAUUGCUUCUGGCUCUGGCCGUAGGAGUGUGCGUUUGGUGUCAAAAGCCAAAUACCUACAUGGCUUGAUUCUAGCUGAUAUCAAGCACAUGCCCACUUCAACUUGUGGUCUCUGGCCUGCAUUCUGGACUGUAGGAGAUGUCUGGCCAAGGGACGGUGAGCUUGACAUCAUCGAGGGAGUCAAUCAACAAUCUAUGAAUAAAAUGGCCAUGCAUACUACAGAAGGAUGCAAGAUAAAUGUUGCUGGUGAUUUUACUGGAAUUGUUGAGACAAGGGAUUGCAACGUUUACUCUCCAAACCAGGCAUUCAACCAGGGCUGCCUUGUCUCUUCAACGCAGGCUAACAGCUACGGCACCAAUUUUAACAACAUAAAUGGCGGUGUGUACGCCAUCCAGUGGACUAGUGCUCAUAUUUCAAUUUGGUUUUUCCCUCGUGGAAAUAUCCCCAGUGACAUGACCAGCCAGAACCCCGACCCUACAAAAUGGGGCAGACCAGGAGCAAGAUUUUCCGGUGAAUGUGAUAUGGAUAGGUUUAUGAAACAACAGCGACUUAUUUUUAACACCAACUUUUGUGGUGACUGGGCUGGUGGGGUGUGGAACUCCGACCCUGUCUGCAGCACUAGGGGAAGCUGUGAUAGUUACGUUAGGAACAACCCAAAUGACUUCUCAGAUGCCUACUGGGAGGUAAAUGGCUUGAGGGUUUUUAGACAGGUUCAACCACCACAAGUAUCCGCGAUUCCUGAACCUACCCCGGCACCAACACCGACACCGACACCGACAUCGACACCGACACCGGCAACAAGAAGCAGCGAGACCUCGGCGACAUCUUCUACCACAAUUAUUCCACCGGUUGAAAAUACACCUACCGCAGCACCUACAACAACAAGAACAACAACAACAACGCCCAGUAGCAGUGCUAUAUCGUCUUCUAGCAGCCAAUCUAUGCCGAGUCCACAGCCUACCGAAAAAUCGACUGAAAUCACAUCAUCCACCAGCAGCUCAUCCUCCCUGAAUCAACAGUCCACGAUUAGUACUAACCCCAUUUCGACCUCUGAUACUAGGACAACGUCACCGGUGGGUAACAGGCCAACUGGACCAUCGAGUGGAACUAACAGUAGUGCUACACAACCCCUGGUCACCUCACCGAGCCCAGAUCCGCAAUCAACUACAAGUGCCAAGCCCAUCAACACAUCAACUGGAACGGAUAGCGAUGCUAUCUCCUGUGAUGUUAGUAUAUCUAUCGGAACUGUUGAGCUUACUAUAGGACCUGUUACCCAGACUACCACACCAAUUAAUCAUAUGCCCACUGGAGCAUCAACUGGAACUAACAGCAGUGCUACUUCAACCUCUAAUGACUUCUCCAUGCCUUGUGAUGGAUCUAACUGCCACAGUCAACAAUCCUCUAGUUCUAGUACCAGCGGUGUUUCUCUGGCUGCCAGUAGCCAAUCUCUUAGAGCCCCAGCCCCCUCCAUUCGAAGCUCAAUCCCCGCGGAAAAUACGGAAAUUCCGGACACGGCCACACAAACGAAUUGCACGACUUACACGACAUUUGAAACAAUCAAAAUUGUCAAGACCUAUGUUGAUGCUGCCCAGACUGGCCCAUGA